GUAAUUGCAAAACUUUUAAACUUUAAUAAAUAUGAUAAUUUUAAUGGUAUUCUGAUAAAAAACGCACGAAUAAUUCAUAAAGUAAUUUGUAAACCUAAGCGACAUCUGUCAGUCAAAUAAACAAUUAGGGUUAUCUCGAGAGGUGGCCAGGGGACGGUUGAAGAUCAUUUGAGUUUUCAUUGUUUCUUCCGUCUAUUAGCAAGUUUAGUUUUCGUUGUUAUAAAGUAAAAGUUGUGAAUUUAGUGUUUAUUCAACAAAUAGUAUCUUCGUGUGAAGCACUACUUCUGUCUACUUAAAUUUUCAGAAGUAUCAUGUGAAAACAAAAAUGGCCAGAGCAAAGUAGUUGGUGGGGGCGACGCUUCUCCUGGGGAAUUCCCUUGGUUGGUAUCACUGACAAGAAGAGGUUACCAUUUCUGCGGUGGCUCCCUCAUUUCACGACGCCAUGUCUUGACAGCCGGCCAUUGCGUCUGCAAUGGUGUAGAUGGUUUCAUAAACCCGGCUAGCAUCAAAGUAACAACAGGUCAACACGAUUUAGCAUCUACCGGCAAUGCUCUAGAAAUGUUGGUAACACUGAUCACAACGCAUCCCGAAUACAAAUGUAAUAAGGCACGGAAUGAUAUCGCCAUUUUGGAAUUAGAUUCUGAUGUAACAUGGUCAGAUCUUGUACAACCUGCGUGUUUUUCAUCUAAAUUUGCUGAUGGUGAUUGGGCUGUUGUUGCUGGUUGGGGUAGAACAAGUGAGAAUAACACAGAUAGUGAUAAGAAAACGAGUAUAUUACAAAAAGCAAAAGUAGCUAUUUUAAACAAUGACGUAUGUCGGAGUUGGUAUCAUUCACAAGGCAAAAAGACGAAAAUUGAUCAUACUCAACUAUGCGCUGGGAGAAAGGAAGGUGGAGUUGAUGCUUGCUGGGCUGAUAGUGGCGGUCCUCUGAUGUGGGAAGAUGACAACUCCAAUCUCAGCAUCAUCGGCGUGGUAUCUACUGGAAUAGGAUGUGCCCGACCCUUCCUUCCAGUAUUUGCCUCCUUUUUUAUAAAUCUGAGGACUUACAAUAAAUAAUACACCAGGAUUACAAGUUUUCCGAAGCAAUCACACUUUCACAAACCAUAUUUGUUUAUUUAUGUAUGUUCAACAAGAUUGGAGCAUAUCGUACGAGUGUACACGUCAAAAUGUAUUAAACAUACAAUAAAUUGCUGUUGAAUUACAAUACAAUUGAAUAGCAAGCGCCAAAAAUGGAGCGCAACAAAUCGACUUACAACUUCGGAUAGCCGUAACUCUUCACGCUGAAGAUGGUACAUUAAAUUAAUGCUUACUUCACACAUAAAUAAAUAAAUAUAAAGCUUUGUUACGUUCCCUCGAUAAAUAUUGAUGAGCAUCUAUGCACGAUACCUACGGGUAAAUCAUACAAAGAAAUCUACAAAUAAGUUUACAAUUUAUUUGUUGUUAGUUUCGGUCGUUACAUGUUGUGUACAGUGGGUAGCGCUUCUUUUCCGAUCGCGAUUUGUUUUCGUCAAAAUAUACAGCAGAAGUAAAGUAAAGGGAGAGGGAUGCGUGAGAAUAAAUACACGUUGUCAGAGAUAACACAAAAGCACACUUAAAAAUUAAUUAAAGCUAUAGUGUCUUUUUCAUUUCAAAAUCAUCGAAAAAUAUAAAUAAAGAACUAUGGACUAACGGUUCCUCGCCUCACAUACAAGUUACAUUUACACAUAAUAAAAAUAAGUUGUUAAUCUAUAUAUACGCACUAUUUAUAUAUUUUAUGUAUUUUAUCAAUAACUUAAAAGGUUCAUAUUUCGAUUUUCGGGACUCGUUAAAAGAAUGUUAAUCUCUACGUUGCAUACGCGCAGCCUAUUGUAUUAAGCACUUGUCCUUGUUUUGGAAAUCCAUGUGUGAUAAAUCUUGUUCAAUCAAGUCGUCUUCUUCAAUCCUGUAACAAAAAAAAAAGGAGGAUAAGAAGAUGUACAUCAGAGAAACUUGUUCAUGCAUGCUUACGCCUUUUCCUGAGUAUCCAAAUGAUGUACGAGUUCGUCGCGUUUAUUCACAAUCACAACGAGCUCAUCCAACAACUCCUUUUCUCGCGCUCGCUGUUCGUCAGUUUUU